AUGAGGUUUUCUACAAUUGGCGGAGCUCAGCUGCUGGCAUUGGCAGCAUGUUUCUUUCCUUCCUGCAUCGCAGCUGGUGUAUAUGACCGUCCGUCUACUUUCAUUCCCGGCAGAUAUAUCGUCGAAUUUGAGGACGAAAAUACGUCUUCUCACACCUUCUUUUCAACUCUCUCUGACCAUGCCAUCGGGGCCACACCGAUCAUUACGUUGGAUUACUCUCUGUUCAAAGGCGCAUCUUUCAACCUGCACGAUGCUGGAAAUGAAAAGGCCAACGUGGAAAAGAUACGAUCCCUGCCGUCUGUAAAGAGUGUCCAAGCCGUGCGCAGCUAUCCUAUCCCAAAGACCUCUGGACAUGCUUCGAAUCAAUUUCCUCCUCUCUCUGCUGCCGCCGCUCAAGGCUCAUUAGACACUGCUCCGGACAAGUUCAGCACCCACGUCAUGACCGGCGUCGACAAACUUCACGCUGAUGGCGUCUUGGGUGACGGGUACAAGAUCGCUGUCGUCGAUACCGGGAUCGACUAUAACCACCCUGCUUUGGGUGGCUGCUUCGGCGAGGGAUGUAAAGUUGCAUUUGGAAAAGAUCUUGUGGGCGAUGCCUAUACUGGAACAAACACCCCUGUUCCAGACGAUGACCCAAUGGACUGUGACGGUCACGGCACUCAUGUUGCCGGAAUUAUUGCCGCAGAUUCGGCUGCGCCCAGAUUUACUGGAGUUGCCCCCAAUGCAACUCUCGGCAUCUAUCGUGUUUUUGGCUGCGCUGGCAGCUCUGGCGAUGAUGUCCUGAUCCAGGCAUUUAUGAUGGCUCAUGAAGCUGGUGCCGACAUUAUCACAGCUUCGAUUGGCAGCAUCUCUGGGUGGAGCGAAUCGCCUUGGGCUGUUGCAGUGUCUAGAAUCGUCGAAGCCGGUGUGCCUUGCACACUGGCUGUUGGAAACGAUGGCGAAAAUGGACUAUUCAUUGCCUCUGAAGCUUCUACAGGACUCGGGGUCACCUCGGUUGCCUCCAUCGAUAAUGUUAUCACUCCACUCUUGUUCAAAAACGCCUCUUGGUCCGCGGAUAAUGGAACAGCAAAGCCCUUUGGUUGGAUUCCAUACAUCCCGGCAGAUAUUCCCAACGGUACUUAUCCUGUGUUUGAUAUCCUCCAGGGUAACAACGAUACUACCAUCACAUGCAACAAUAACUUCACGAUCCCAAAGAUUCCUGGGAAAAUUGCCCUUGUGCCUUGGGUGGGGGGCUGUACCGUCGGCGCGGGAUUAGCUGAACUGGUGGCAGCUGCGGAGAGUAAGUACAUUAUUUACUACUAUGAUAAUCCUGCAACUCCUAUUAUUGUCAAUGGCUCUGGCUACGGAAUCGACUCCUUCGGCACGGUGAGUUCCGACGUAGCGAGUCAAUGGACGAAGCUCCUUGCGACUGGGACUCAAGUUUAUCUCAACAUGAUCACUCCAUCUGAGGAGAGCUAUUACACGGUUUCUCCAGCCAACACUGUCACUGGUGGGUAUCUGAGCUAUUUCUCGAGCUGGGGUCCUACCUUUGAAGCCGAAGUCAAGCCCCAAAUAGCCGCACCUGGUGGUUCUAUUCUGUCCACAUAUCCACUCAGGCUGGGAGGCUACAAAAUCGACACUGGCACCUCCAUGGCCACGCCUUUUGUCGCAGGAUCUAUUGCUCUGAUACUUGAGGCUCGCGGGAAGUUGGACCCAGCUACAAUCAAUAACCUACUUUCUGCAACCGCCGAAGCAAAGACUUUCAAUGAUGGCUUGUCUACGUAUAAUUACCUUGCUCCUGUUGCCCAGCAAGGCGGUGGUCUUGUGAACGUCUACGACGCAGUGCACGCCGUUGGUCUUUUGAACAUCUCUAGUAUAUCUUUCAACGAUACGGAGCACUUUAUUAAAUCCGUUAGCUUUGAAAUCAAGAAUACCGGCAAAGAGAGCAUCACCUACAACCUUGGCUACGUUUCUACAGGUACUGCAUAUACUCUUCCUUCCGAUGGAAGCACAGUGCCUGCAGUUUUUGCCCCCGGCGCGUCAAAUCUGGAUAUCGUACCUUCGAGUGCGAAACUAUCACUAAGCUCCGAUUCAGUUACAAUCAAAGCUGGAGAGUCUGUAACUGUCGAGGUAAAAGCCACACCUCCAACUGACCUUAUUGCUUCUCGAAUUCCCGUCUACGGUGGAUACAUCACUUUGAACAGUACCACUGAAUCACUGACCCUGCCCUACCUUGGCGUGGCAGCGAACUUGAAAGAUACAGUCAUCUUUGACAGCAAAGACAAUAUGACAUAUGUUUCACGGUACUUUAAUAUAUCGGGCGUUCCCGAUAAUUUCGCUUUCACCCUCCCGCCGCAAAACAGCACCGACGAGGAGAUAGUGAAAUACGAUUUCCCUGUGCCAGUCGCUAUCGACUCGUUUGGUACCCGCAUUCUCCGUGUCGACCUGGUUCCUGCAAGCGCAAACAGCACAGUCAAAACAACUGAAGUCCUCGGUGAGCAAAUCGUCGGUAGCCUCGACUCGUUCCCACAGUAUGAACAAGGUAGAGGUCCAUGGCAUUCGUUCUGGUACGGCAACCUGAGUGAUGGUAGCUACGCACCGGCCGGGGACUAUAAUAUACUCUUCAGAGCGUUGAAGAUCUUUGGUGAUGAGCACUCGAGUGAUGAUUAUGAAGUUGUCAAGAGUGUGAACUUUUCUCUUACCUAUGCCUCCCCGAACACGACCACGACAUCUACCCGCAGGUCGACUAGUUUUGAGGCGUGA